CGAAAUAUCGGCGCGAACGUGGGGUCUCCCGUUUGCCCUCAGGAAGCCCAUGAAACGCGCUGUUUUCGCGGACAGAAUCAGCCAAAGCCUCAGCAAAAAAAAUCCACCGCUGCUGCCUAUCCAGAACCCCGCCGCGGCUCGCAUCGUCGCAGCCGGCGUCGAGCCGUCGGGAGGGAAAAAAACAUCUCUAGCUCUCCUUCGCGGCGCCGCCGAUGGCUGCCGUCGCGCGGAUGGCCGCCGCGGUCGUCUGCCUUCCCUCCUCGUCCUCAUCCUCCUCCGCGUGCCGCGCGGCGCCAUUGCCGUGGUCCCGCGGCGUCGUCGUCGGGGUGAGGCGGCGGCGCACGGUGGCGCGGGCGGCGCGGCGGAGGGGGAGGAGGCCCGGCCGCCGCGGCCUCGUCAUCGUGGACGAGUUCGCCGGGCAGUACGAGGAGGGGUUCGAAGACGUGCACACGGAAAUCAUGAAUUACUUCACUUACAAGGCCACAAGCACGGUGCUCCACCAGUUGUAUGAAAUGAAUCCACCUGCUUAUACUUGGCUGUAUAACUACGUCGUGGUUAACGAUCCAAAGGAGGGCAAACAUUUCCUCAUCGCACUCGCAAAGGAGAGGCAAGAUUUGGCAGAGAGAGUGAUGAUCACACGACUCCACUUGUACAGCAAAUGGAUCAAGAAAUGUGACCAUGCAAAAAUGUACGAGAAGAUUUCGAAUGAGAAUCUGGAGAUAAUGCGUCAGAGGUUAAUGGAAACUGUAGCGUGGCCAACGGACGACACAAACACCAGCGACACGGCGAAAUGAACGAUCGAUUCAUGGCAGCAAACUUGAAACUCAUGUUGAGUAUGACAGAUCCACUCAAUAAUGUACUUUACGAAUAUUCCUUGCAGGUUUUGAGUUAAUCAUUUGUGUAUAUAAGUAGCCCUGCAUGAAUAGAACAAUCGAUGUAUAUUCUCCUAGUAAAAAGAACAGUUGGUGUAUAUUUUCUUCUAGUUACUGAGAUUAUGAUGCUGAUCCUUGUGUACUACACACUAUGCGAAAUACAUAAGCUGUGGUCGCUUUGUUAA